CGCCUCCCGGAAGUGGCCGGCCCCGAGCGAGAGCGGGGUUGUCUGCGGUCCCUGGCUGUUCGGGGGAGUAGUCUCUGGGCAACAGGGCCCGGCGGGGAGAGAGCGUCCGGGCCGGGGCCAGGGCUGGGGCUGCACGUUGACGGGCACGGCGCAGAGCGAGACCUGGUGACGAUGGCGGGGCCGCAGCCCCUGGCGCUGCAGCUGGAACAAUUGUUGAACCCGCGCCCGCGCGAGGCGGAUCCUGAGGCCGACCCGGAGGAGGCCACUGCUGCCAGAGUGAUUGACAGGUUUGAUGAAGGGGAAGAUGGGGAAGGUGAUUUUCUGGCAGUGGGUAGCAUUAGAAAAUUGGCAUCAGCCUCCCUCUUGGACACAGACAAAAGGUAUUCUGGCAAGACUACCUCUAGAAAAGCUUGGAAGGAAGACCCCUGGGAGCAGACACUGCCAGGUUCAUCUGACAAGGAAAUAAUAUCUGAUGAGGAUGAGUCUGGAGAUGGAGGCUCAGAGGGGCUGGGUCUGGAGGGAUCUGAUGAGGAUGCCACGAGUGCUGCUGAGGAAGAGGAGUGUGGUGAUGACAGGGACAGUAGUCUGGCCUGGAAGAAGAGGAUCAAAAGCUGCUCUGAGAACACACCGGGUUUUAGUGUCCAGAGCAUCAGUGACUUUGAAAAAUUCACCAAGGGAAUGGAUGACCUUGGUAGCAGCGAGGAGGAGGAGGAAGAUGAAGAGGAGGAGCCUGGUAUGGAAGAAGGGGACGGGGAGGAAGACUCCACAAAUGAGAGAGAGGAAGACAGGGCUGAAGGCAGGAAUAGUGAAGAUGACGGAGUAGUGAUGAACUUCUCCAGUGUCAGAGUUUCCGAGGAAGUGGAGAAAGGAAGAGCUGUGAAGAACCAGAUAGCUCUGUGGGACCAGCUCUUGGAAGGAAGGAUCAAGCUUCAAAAAGCUCUGUUGACUACCAAUCAGCUUCCUCAACCAGAUGUUUUCCCUAUUUUCAGGGACAAAGGUGGCCCAGAAUUUGCCAGCGCCCUAAAAAAUAGUCACAAGGCCCUUAAAGCAUUGUUGAGGUCAUUGGUAGAUCUUCAGGAAGAGUUACUUUUCCAGUACCCAGACACUAGAUAUCUAGUAGAUGGGACAAAGGCCAAAGCAGUAAGUGAGGAAGAGAUUUCCAGUGAAGAUGAAGAACUAGUAGAAGAGAAGAAGAAGCAGAGAAAGGCCCCACCAAAGAGGAAGCUAGAAACGGAGGACUAUCCCAGUUUCAUGGCUAAGCGUUUUGCCGACUUCACAGUCUAUAGGAACCGCACACUUCAGAAAUGGCAUGAUAAAACCAAGCUGGCUUCUGGAAAACUGGGGAAGGGUUUUGGUGCCUUUGAACGCUCAAUCUUGACUCAGAUUGAUCAUAUUCUGAUGGACAAAGAAAGAUUACUUCGAAGGACACAGACCAAGCGCUCCAUCUACCGAGUUCUUGGCAAACCUGAACCAUCAGCGCAGCCUGUCCCGGAGAGUUUGCCAGGACAACCGGAGAUCCUUCCUCAAGCCCCUGCCAAUGCCCACCUGAAGGACUUGGAUGGAGAAAUCUUUGAUGACGAUGACUUUUACCACCAGCUCCUUCGAGAACUCAUAGAACGAAAGACCAGCUCCUUGGAUCCCAAUGAUCAAGUGGCCAUGGGAAGGCAGUGGCUUGCGAUCCAGAAAUUGCGAAGCAAAAUCCACAAGAAAGUAGAUAGGAAAGCCAGCAAAGGAAGGAAACUUCGGUUUCACGUCCUUAGCAAGCUACUAAGCUUCAUGGCACCUAUUGACCAAACUACAAUGAAUGAUGAUGCCAGGAGUUAAACUGGAGCUGAGAGAUGCGGCACACGCUGCCCCCCAGGCCCCGGGUCGCUGGGCAGCAGCCUUGAUAGGGACACAAAUGUAACUCGCGUGUCAGUCUCCUCUUCAGUGCGGUUGGAGGAAGUGAUUCACGUCUAAGCAGUGAAGCAUCCCCUGGCUUUUAACAGGAGCUGUUAGAGGGGCUGCUGUUUGAACAAGGAGCUUCAUCUUCCUGAAGCCAGCAGUCACAAAACCGUAAACACAACACUGGCCAACUCUAUUGCCGGGAUCGUGGUGGCUUGACGUUAAUAUUAAACAUCUCCAGCAAGGCAGAGAGCUCUGCAGCCCAGCUACAGAAUAAAAAUAAAUAAAAAUAAAGAGAAAACCCUGCUAAAAGCAGUGAGAUGAUUUGUCGUCUUUCCUUAGCGAGGCCAUUUGUCUUCUCUCGCAUCAAAUCUGUUAUAAAACAGUCAAACUGUGAAAGUGGAAAUCAUCCCAGGAAUAUGGAAUAUUAAUGCACAGGAAAGGAGGCAACAUCCCUUUUGUCUAGAGUGCCACUGUCCCCACCCCCCCCCCAUCUCCACCACCCUUAUUUUUUGCCAGUCCACCAAGGUAAAUUAUUUUUCUUUAAAAGAAUUUGAAAGACUCAAAGCUAGCGGUAGGAAUGACAGAAGUUUCAAGUAUUUUUCUUCCUUUGUUCGAGUGGAGUGAGUGUAGCCGACUUGGGAACCAGAACAGAGCACAAGUGAGGAAACCGGGACAGAUUCCACCCCUUGUUCGUCUCGCCUCCCUGGCCCUCUGCCCUCGCCUUCCUUUCCCCAGCCUUUCAGUUCCUUUGUUUGGGCCCUCAACCUGCUUCCUUGAACAUUUAUAAAUCUCGAGUCUGUCUGAUCUUUAGGAGACAGGCCAGAGGCCACAUGUCACCAUCUGUAAUUUAAAGCUGCAGGGCUAAAAGCAUUUGCAGAGGUUUGAAGGACCUAGUUCUGACCUGACCAAAAGAGCGAAUUGGAACAGACCUUCUAGAGUCUCCUUCAAGCCCAGGGAGGAUGGUGAUGAGAGCAGACACACUAGGUAAUUUAUGGGCGCAGUUUGCCGCGAGCCACACCACUGGCCGAGUCCUUAGAACCACGUCGU